GAGAGAGAGAGAGAGAGAGAGAGAUGGAGAGAGAGAGAGAGAGAGAGAGAGAGAGGUAGAGAGACUACUUCAGGAGCUGUAGCCUACUUCACGAAAGAAACAGAUAGUGGAGCGAAAUGAGCCUUUUGCUUUGAGUGUGCACCCUGACUGCAGCUCCACACACACUCACCCGAGACGACAGGAAGAAAAGAGAGCACCCAGGGAGAGAGAGAGAGAGAGAGAGAGAGAACAUACAUGCAUCUCUGUGAGAGCAUCCAUUUCACGGCAGUUUGAAGCGGAGGAGACGGUGCUCAUCUCUCUGAGAGGACGCAGUUUUCCUCGAGCAGCUCACCAGGAGGAAAGAGACUUUUUCUUUUCUCUGCUGCGUUUCUGGACACGGACAGUCUUUCAUAACAAGCCUGUUUACUCGGAGAGAAACCAGGUCGCCUCCAGUGCCAGUAGGAGAUCCUGCACCUCGUCUGUGUGGAGAGCUAUAGAUAGAUAUAUAUUUGCAGCUCGAGAAGCAAAAGGAAUAUCCGACGGUUCAAGUUUUGGUGGAAGUUGCGCAGUGCCAGAGAAGCACCAUGGGGAUGUGUGUCUGUUUGGCGGUUCCUGGGAGAUGCCUGGUCCUCCUCGGACUUAAAUUGUUAUUCCUUGUACCUGCAGGAGUUCCAGCCAGGAGCGGGGACUCGGUAUUAAAGGACAACAUCACCGUGAGACAGGGGGACAGCGCUGUCUUAAAAUGCAAUGUGGACAGCAAAGUAUCACGAGUGGCGUGGCUCAAUCGCACCACCAUUCUCUUCGCAGGAAAUGAGAAAUGGUCUCUGGACCCUCGCGUCAUUCUGAUGGAAAACACAGCAGUCACAGAGUACAGCAUCAAGAUCCAAAAUGUCGACGUCCACGACGAAGGACCCUACGUCUGCUCAAUCCUCACAAACAAGAAACCAAAAUCCACAAAAGUGCAUCUCAUCGUUCAAGUGCCCGCCAGGAUCACUAACAUAUCGAAGGACAUCACAGUGAAUGAGGGCAGCAACGUCAAUCUAAUGUGUCUGGGGGUCGGUCGACCUGAAGCCAACAUCAUAUGGAAGCAUCAUUCGCCAAGAGGCACUCAUAAAUUUGUGAUUGAGGGGGAACAUCUGGAGCUGACAGCCAUCACCAAGGAGCAGUCGGGAUCGUAUGAAUGCAUUGCUUCUAAUGACAUAUCGAGCCCUGAUGUCAGGACGGUGCAAGUCACAGUCAACUAUCCUCCCUUCAUGUCUAAAGCGAGGAGUACGGGUACUCCGGUUGGACAAAAAGGAGUCCUGCAGUGCGAAGCCUCUGCUGUCCCGAGAGCAGAUUUCGAGUGGUACAAAGAGGACCGCAGGCUCUUCAACGGACUAAACGGGGUUAAGAUAGAGAAUCAAGGUAAACAGUCAAUGCUCGUCUUUUUCAACGUCUCUGAAGAAGACUAUGGAAACUACACCUGCGUCGCCGUGAACACGAUGGGAAUCACUAACGCCAGCAUAAUCCUUUAUGGUCCCGGUGCGAUGCACGAUGUGAACGGGGCUGCGGCGUUGCCCCGUUUCUCCGUAUGCCUCCUGCUGACUGUAACCUUACUCUGCCUGCUGAUGUUCUGAUGUGAAAUGUGACGACCUUCAAGCUUCUCUCAGCAUUGAGCGGCAAGAACAGACUAUUAGUCCUGUAAGGAGAAUGGAAAUUUAAGAGUACCAGUGGUUCACCUUAGUUUUCUUUCUUUUUUCUUUCUGGCUUUGCAUCAGAGUCUGUUCUCUGUUGGCUCGCCAAGAGUGAGAGGCGUCAAUCCGAGGAAGGGAAAAAUUGAAAAAUCAUGCACUAAUUUGAUGAUGGUAGAACUACUGCGUUUGUGUCUCCCCCAACCUUUUUGUAUGUGAAAAGGGAAAAAAGAAGAAAAAUACAUGUAACUGUUGAUAGUUGACUGUUUAUUGCCCAAUAUUGAAAUGUACAUUCAGAUUAUUAUUAUUAUUAUUAUUGUGUCAUGUCCGUUCAAUAUCUGUACAAUACCAUUAAGCUUUUUUAAGUAAACAACAAAAAAGGAAAAAAUGCAAUGUGAUUGUUGAAUUUUACUGUAUUUUUACAGUUGUAUGCAAAACAGAAUAACAGAUCCUUCAUGAUAAACAGUUCAGAAUAAUAAAUAGUACACCAUGAUUUCUCA